AUGGCUAACUUUGAUCAAGUCUUACAAAAUCUCAGCUUUUAUGAUAACAAAAAAGAAAAAUCCACUUGAAGUGGGUGACUUUCAGGGUACUGAAACAAAAAAAAUCCAACCGACAAAGACAAAGACAAAUUUUUUGACAACCUAGCAGCAUCUAUCAAAACAAAAGGCGCAGCUGGACUUUCCGUCUUUCAAUCUGCAGCAAACCGAACCUAUAGAAUUAAAAACUUUUUCUUAUUCUUAUUGCUUUCAAUUGGGCUAUUUAUCGGGGCAUUUAUGUUUUUACCUAUGGUUUUACUAUUUCCUCAAAAAUUCGCUCUGAUGUUUUCUUUAGCAUCUCUCUGCAUGCAAAUUGCAAUGAGCUACCUUAAGCCAAAUUCGAUAGCUUACAUGAAAUGUUUAUUCUAUGGCAAAGACAAUCUGAAAGUAUCAUUAGCUUAUUUUAUCUCCUUGCUCUGGACAAUAUAUUCUGCUAUUAUACUACGUAGCUAUAUUUGGGUGUGCAUUUCUUCAAGUAUACAGUUUUUAGCUUUGCUUUGGUUUCUGUUUAGCAUGGUUCCUGGAGGGACUUCUGGGUUCAUUACUCUACUAAAGUACAGCUUUAAGCUCUGCCCUUGCAUGCCAACUGAGUCAUUAUUACCUUUAUAA